UAAAACCUCUGAGCUCUGACUCCUCUCUUCUCUUCCUGCCUCCUCAGCAUCUCACAGCUUCCUCAAGUCAACAUCCCAGUCAGAGUUACUGGUUUACCUCUCAGACUGACUGAAGUCCACAAAAUGAGUGAUUGUGAAGAGGAAGAGGAGGACAGAGCAGAGUCUCCAGUGUCCAGCUGUCUGUCUAUGAAGAGUGACCGGUCCAAAGAUUUUCCUCUAUACUUCAGUAAUGAACCUGGACCCUCAGACAGAAAAGAAAAGAAGAGGAGGAGUGGUAUUUCUGUGGAGGAGCAGCUGUCCUGCUGUUCUUUGUGUCAGGAUGUCCUGAACGAUCCAGUCUCUACCAUCUGUGGACACUGGAUCUGCAGACAGUGCAUCACCUCAUACUGGGACCAGUCUUCAUCAGGAGACUCCUCCUGUCCCCAGUGUGGAAAAAGAUCCAGAACAAUACCUGGACUGCAGACAGACAGUCAGACCAGCUCUGUCAGACAAAAACAUAAGAUCAGUCUGAGGAGGAAAUGUGAACAUGUGACUGAAGGGACUGAUGAAGCAGGAAAUGAAACCCCCCUCAACAGGAUCUACACUGAGCUCUACAUCACAGAGGGACAGAGUGAAGACGUUAAUACCCAACAUGAAGUGUGGCAACUUGAGAAAGCCUCCAAGAUGAAGACCCUCCAUGACACUCCAAUCAAUUGCCACGACAUCUUUAAAGCCUUACCAGCCAAAAAGAAACACAAAGGCUUACCCAUUAAAUCCUUACCCGACCAACAGAAACACAGAGUCGUCCUGACAAACGGUGUCGCUGGUGUUGGAAAAACCUUCUCAGUGCAGAAGUUCACUCUAGACUGGGCAGAGGGCUUGGAAAAUCAGGAUGUGAGUCUGUUGAUUCUGCUUUCAUUCAGGGAGCUCAACUUGAUAAAAGAUGAGCAGUACAGUCUGCUCAGGUUGAUACAUGUUUUCCAUCCAACACUGGAGAAGGUCACAGCAGAGAAGCUCACUGUCUGUAAAGUUUUGUUCAUCUUUGAUGGCCUGGAUGAAAGCAGACUUUCAUUGGAUUUCAAGAACAGGAAGGUCGUGUCUGAUGUCACACAGAUGUCAUCAGUCAAUGUGCUGUUGACAAACCUCUUCAAGGGAAAUCUGCUUCCCUCAGCUCUCGUCUGGAUAACUUCCCGACCUGCAGCAGCCAAUCAGAUCCCUCCUACAUGCGUUGACAGGGUAACAGAAGUACGAGGCUUCACUGACGCCCAGAAGGAGGAGUACUUCAGAAGGAGAUUCAGUGAUGAAGAGCUGUCCAGCAGAAUCAUCUCACACAUCAAGACAUCCAGGAGCCUCCACAUCAUGUGUCACAUCCCAGUCUUCUGCUGGAUCACUGCUACAGUUCUGGAGUACAUUUUGACUUCAGACCAGACAGGAGAGCUGCCAAAGACCCUGACUGACAUGUACUCACACUUCCUGCUGGUUCAGACAAAGAGGAAGAAGCCCACGUAUCAUGAGGAACAUAAGAUGAGUCCACAGGACCUGACAGAGACUGACAGAGAAGUUCUCCUGAAGCUGGGGAGGCUGGCGUUUGAACAUCUGAAGAAAGGAAACAUCAUGUUCUACCAAGAAGACCUAGAGCAGUGUGGUCUUGAUGUCACAGAGGCCUCAAUAUUAUCAGGAGUUUGUACAGAGAUCUUCAAAAGAGAGAGUGUGAUCUUCCAGAAAACAGUCUACUGCUUUGUUCAUCUGAGCGUUCAGGAGUUUCUGGCUGCAGUCUACAUGUACCACUGUUACACCAGCAGGAACACAGAGGUACUGGAAGACCUCCUAGGAAAAGGCUACAGUUACUCAUCCCCAGAUGACUUCCUGAAGAGAGCCAUGGUCAAAUCUCUGAAAAGUCAAAAUGGCCACCUGGACUUGUUUGUUCGCUUCCUUCAUGGCCUCUUUCUGGAGUCCAACCAGAGUCUCUUGGGAGGCCUGCUGAGUCGGACAGAGAACAGUCCAGAAAUCAUCCAGAGAGCCAUCAACAACCUGAAGAAGAUGAACAUUCAGGAUAUCUCUCCUGACAGAAGCAUCAAUAUCUUCCACUGUCUGAUAGAGAUGAAUGACCACUCAGUACGUCAGGAGAUCCAAGAGUUCCUGAAGUCAGAGAACAGAUCAGAGAAGGAACUCUCUGUUAUCCACUGCUCAGCUCUGGCUUACAUGCUGCAGAUAUCAGAGGAUGUUCUGGAGGAGUUUAACCUGAAGAAGUACAGUACAUCACUGGAGGGACAACGGAGACUGAUCCCAGCUGUGAGGAACUGCAGAAAGGCUGUGCUUACUAGCUGUGGACUAUCAGAGAGUCACUGUGAAGUUGUGGCCUCAGCUCUGAAGUCCAGCACCUCCCAUCUCAGAGAGCUGGACAUGAGUAAAAAUAACCUGCAGGAUUCUGGAGUGAAGCUACUUUCUGCUGCACUGGAGAGUCCAAACUGUAGACUGGAGACUCUGAGAUUGAGUUUCUGUAGUUUGUCAGAGGACAGCUGUGCUUCUCUGGCCACAGCUCUGAAAUCCAACCCCUCCCAUCUGAGAGAGCUGCAGUUGAGCUACAACGAGCUGCAGGAUUCAGGAGUGAAGCUGCUGUGUGAUUUUCUGGAGAGUCCACACUGUAGACUGGAGACUCUGAGAUUAAAUCUAUGUGGGCUAUCAGUGAUCAGCUGUGAUUCUCUGGCCUCAGUUCUAAAGUACAACGCCACCCAUCUGAGAAAUUUGGAGCUGAGCUACAACAAGCUGCAGGAUUCAGGAGUGACGUUUCUAUGCAAUUUUCUCAAAAGUCCACACUGUAGACUGGAGACUCUGGGAUUGAGUUUUUGUAGUUUGUCAGAGAACAGCUGCGCUUCUCUGGCCACAGCUCUGAAAUCCAACCCCUCCCAUCUGAGAGAGCUGCUGCUGAGCUACAACGAGCUGGAGGAUUCAGGAGUGAAGCUGCUGUGUGAUUUUCUGGAGAGUCCACACUGUAGACUGGAGACUCUGAGCUGGGAGUGUUGAUCUGACAGAGGAAUCAGAAGAAGUGGAGAUGACUCUCAGUGCUGCAAUCUGAACUGAUCUGAGAACAGCUCCACUGUCAGACACAAAAUCAGAUCCACCAUCAUCUCUGUGUGUUCCUCUGGAUCUGACAGAGUAUCAUCAGUGUAUCUGGACUGCUCUGUCCUUCUACACAGUCUCUGCAGACAAAAUGAGACUACUCCACUUAACCACCUCCUCCACCCUCCACCUGCUCCUGAAUGAACAGCAGGGGCUUGUUUAGAAAAACUUCUAAAAGUCAUGUCUUUGUAUUUAAGGUUAAAGUUGAUCUAAAACUGAGAUCUCUUACCUUUUUACUUUCAAACAUGUGACCAUCUGUAUCUGUUGAAACUGCAGAUAACUGCAGAAUCAUUUGGCACUAUAAGACUUAUGGCACCUUUACUUUAAGUAAAGUCUAUAAAUUAAAAGUAAAAAUGGUUUGGUCCCACUGAGUCCAACAGAGACUGAAAGAAAAUACAGCUCACAUCAUCAUAAUGAACAUAUCCUGAAGAAUAUUAGAUAAACUCUGGAUAAUGAUGUUUUCUGUAGUGACCACUAGAUGGAGCCACAACUGAUGUGGACUGAAGGAAACCUGAGCAGUCUGAAAUGAUCCUACAACACAGAUAAAGUGUUUAAACUGUGCAGACCUCAAGUAGUACUUCAUGGGUAUUGCAGUACUCAACUACAAACUAUAACUGAGAUGGCACCAAGUUAUAUAAAAUGUCAAAAAAUUUUAAAUUCACGUUUAAACUCACCUUCAGUUUCCUCCUUCAUAGGAUUCUACAAACUUUCCUUGAAGCUGUUUGUGUCUCAUGUUUAGAGAUUAAAUCCCUUCAUAGUUUAAAGGAAACAUGAGGGAGCAAAUUAUUCCUCAAAGGUAGAAAAAUGCAAAAAUAAAUAAAUGAAAAAAAAUUCAAUAUCAAAAGAAAAAUAAACAAACAAAAUCAACAACAACAAACAAAACAAUUAGCUGUAAAGUUUCACAUUAUGCUUCUUGAAGACUGAACAAGUUGUAAAUGUUUAGAAAUAUAUAAAAAUAUUUCUCAUAAGUAAAAGAAAAUGACUUGCAUGAUAACAUAAAACUGUAAUGACUGUUAAGAGUUUAUAAAUGUGAUUGUCUGUGAUGCUGCACACUGACCAACAUGGACUCUGUCUCUACCUGGUGGACAGGAGGAGGAAUUAUUUAAUUAUAGAUUCAGUUCAACUUUAUUGACAAAACAGCAGCAGCAGAAUGUACCAGAGGACAUUUACUAUAUAAUGAAAUAACAGUGUGUUUAAGGGCAGUAUUGUUGAGUGAAUUAUUAAAUUCUCUGGUUUUAUUCUUACUUUUUUCUUUGCCUCUGAUGUGUUUUUGUCUUCUCUCUUUUUUUCCUCUGUGUGUAAAGCAUUUUGGAGCAACUGUGUAAAGUGUUUAUAAAUAAAGUUGAGUUGAGUAUAUAAAAUAUAUUUCACAUGUGCCAUCCUGUUCAGAGGUGGAAGCACUGAGAUCUUUAACUGAAGUAAAAGUAAUAUUAGAAUGAAAAAAAUAAUUUUAAAAUUUAAUUUUAACAGUAAAAAUCCUGCAUUACAAGUCUAUAAGUCUAUAGUCUAUAAGUCUAAGUAUAAUCAACUAAAUUUACUUAAAGUAUCAAAAGUAAAAGUAUCAUUAUGCAAAAAAAAUUUCCUGCUGGACACCAGAUGUUACACAGAUGUUAAACAACAAGGUCACUAAGGUCAGCAGAAGAUUAUCAGUAUCAAUACUAGAUCGGCCUGAUCACAGAUUUGAUUUUUACUGUAUUUGACAUCCAUGUCAAGUAAAAACCAUGUGAAAUGUUGUUUCACAUGUGAAAAUUCACAUGACAUCAGUACAUUUUUCGAUUUUCAGAUAUUUAUAAUAUGUGAAAUGUGAAAAAAUCACAUGUGAUUUUAAAUGUAAUAUCACAGGUGAAAAAUUCACACAGAGACUGUAGAUAGAUUGAUUAAUUCAUUAAAGCCCCUCCAGACAUGUUUUAACACAUAAAAUACUCUGCUUGUAAUAAUCAUUUGUGUCUGAUAUAUUUGUUUUUUUUCCACAAAAAAGUUCACUCCUUCAUCCAGAAUCUGUGAAUCUGUAAAUAUUGUUGAUUUCUAAAGUUUUCCUUCUGGACACCAGAUGUCUCCCUCUUCACCGUAA